AGUGUUUGAAAAGGUGGCAAGGGUUUCAGUAUCUUCACGGUCCUUCCGGGAGUGAGUCGCGUGCAGCAAACCUUCCCGAUAUUCACGAAAUUUCAAGGUUCUGGAAUCUGUUCGCAUCGGACUACAAUUCUAAAAUUCCACAAUUCUAAUAGUACAGUUAGUACAAUUCUAAGGUGUGUUUAAGAGACAACAUGUUGGGCUCGCUUGCCUCGCUGCUCUUUUCGCUCGAGGGUGUCCUGCUGGUGGCCCUGCUAGCCCUGCUCUACUACUAUGUGGUGGUGCGGAGCACCCGAUUCUUUGCCGACCGGGGCGUACCGUACCUCCCGCCAGUACCGCUGCUCGGCAAUGGGGCCGACUUCAUAACGCGCAAGCGGCUGCUAACCGAUGUGCUGAGCGAUAUGUAUCACCGUUUCGCCAGCCACCGGUUCUUCGGCUACUUCGACUUCCUUUCGCCGAUCUACGUGGUGCGCGAUCUGGAGCUGGUGAAGCAGAUCUGCAUCAAGGAUUUCGACCACUUCGUCAACCACCGCAUUCAGCUGGACGAAAACCAUGACCCGCUGUUCGGGCGGGCCCUGUUUGCGAUGCGCGACUCGCGCUGGCGCAACAUGCGCACUAUCCUUAGCCCGGCCUUUACCGGCAGCAAGAUGCGGCUAAUGUUCGGGCUGAUCACGAGCUACUGUGACGGGGCGGUGCGGACGAUCCGGUCGGAGCUGGGCGCGGAUGGAACGGCCGAGCUCGAGAUGAAGGAGCUGUUCCGCCGGUUCGGCAACGACAUAGUGGCGACCUGCGCGUUCGGCAUUGAGAUCAACUCGUUCCGCGACCGGACGAACGCGUUCUUCACGCUCGGCAAGGAGCUGACCAACCUGGAUGGCGUCCAGGGACUGAAGUUCCUCGCCUUCUCGUCCUUUCCGCGCGUGAUGCAUGCGCUUCGAUUGCGUCUGUUUAGCGCGAAGAUGACCAGCUUCUUCCGACACGUGGUGAUGGAUACGAUCACGCAGCGGGAACAGCGCGGCAUCGUGCGCCACGACAUGAUCAAUCUUCUGAUGCAGGCCCGCAAGCAGGAGCUGCGGUUCGACGAGAACGAAAACAUCGAAACGAACGGUGGAGGGUCGCAAAAGCGGUCGGUUGACUGGACUGACGACGACCUAACCGCCCAGUGCACCGUGUUCUUCUUCGGUGGGUACGAUACCGUGUCCACACUGUCUGCAUUUAUGGCGCACGAACUCGCCGUCAACCCGGACGUCCAGGAGCGGCUGCGGGACGAGAUCGACCGCGUGCGCUCCACGAUCGGCGGCGCCGACAAGCUUAACUACGAAACGCUCCAGUCAAUGCGCUAUCUGGACAUGGUCGCGAACGAGACGCUCCGCAAGUGGACACCGGCACCGUUCCUCGACCGCACCUGCACCAAACCGUACAUGCUGGAGGACUAUGACGGCCGGCGGGUGCAGCUGCAGCCGGGUGACGGUCUGUGGAUACCGGCCGCGGCCAUCAUGCGCGACCCGCAGCUCUUCCCCGAGCCGGAUCGGUUCUGGCCGGAGCGGUUCGAGCCGGAAUCGGCCGGCGCACCGGUCGACUCGUCCGCUAUGCUGGCAUUCGGGCUCGGCCCCCGUAACUGCAUCGGUUCUCGGUUCGCGCUGAUGGAGACGAAGGCGGUGUUUUUCUUCCUGCUGACGCACUUCCUGCUGGAGGCGGGCCCCCGCACCCAGCACCCGAUCCGACUGAAGAAGUCCAGCCUGGGACCGUGCGCCGAGAAGGGGUCGUGGAUACGGUUCCGGCUGCGCAAGUAGCGGCACCCCUGUCCAAACGCACCCAAUCAACUACCGCCUUCAAUCAAUUAAUCGAACGGACAGUCGGCUUGUCCAUCAGCGCCCUCGAAAUUGGGCUGGUCUACACGAUCAAUUUUCGGGGCUACUAGUGCAAGGUUGAGCGUUUAGUGCCCAGACGCAUAUCUCAAGCCGAGAUAAGUGUGUUUUUGAAGCAACCAAACCCCAAAUUGGUAACCUUGACCAUGAUGCUCCACUAAUAGGAUGACAAAUUGUUUUCGUAAGACAUAACGGACUGUUCGUAUUUGUGUCUUGGCUUUCUGUGUCUGUAUGUUCACAGCACGACCGUUACAACGUUUGCUAGACGGAAUGUAAUAAAUCGAGACUUGCAUGUGUCGUGUAAUAAAUGCCAAAUCAAUAAUCUUAUUAACCUGAUUGUCUUUGCUGUAUCUGUCACAGAAUUUUGUGAACAGAGAUUUGCCUUAAUUAGUGAAACAAAAGAAGCCUCUAACCGUCCCCCCCAAACGGUGAUUUAGUUCCCUUAAUCGUUCUUCAAAUCAUGCCCUGAAUUUAUCAGUACUAAGUUUUUUGGCCCAGUAGUGGCAGGUCUUGACCGAUAAUGGUUGUUGUGCCAAAUAAAAAAAAAGAAGAAGAAGAAGCAUUUUUGCAACAGUAAUCAAUCUUAUUCAAAGUUUUUAAAAUUGCCAUACACUCAUUCUGCGUAUUUUGCUAAUGAUGUCGUUUCCAUCCAUCUCACCUUACUUUUGAAGAAUUGUUCUAUGAUAUGUCAUGCUAUACUUCAAAUUUACCAAAAGCUCAGCAUGCCUAUUACUGGGUUGGUCUAAACUGAUAACAAAUUACCAUACAGUCUCUUCCCGAGUUACGCCGCUCUCGACUCACGCGGAUUCGGAAAUACGCGGUAUUCUAAAUUAAACACAUCAAAUGUCAAAUCAAUACAAUUUGCUUCAAGAAUUGUCCAAUGCAGUCUAAAUUACUUUUUUGGUAAUAUCGUAUCACUUUUUGCACGAAUCGUAUCAAAUAAAUACCAAGUAAUCGAUUGUAUUUUGGGCGAAAACAGCGAAGUUCCACAACCGCUGGUAUUCGAGUUACGCGAAUACCUCGGGAACGCACACACCGCGUAACUCAGGAACAGACAGUACGUUUUGGAAAUUUGUAAUGAGUGCAGGAGUCUCAUUUUGACAGCACAAUAUUGCAACAUUUGUAAUGUUGUUAAGUCUUCUUUUUCUAUUUGGCGCAACGACGUACAUGGUCAUGUUGGCCUAUACAGGUUUUCGAGACUUAUAAAGUACCACGGAUCCGGAGGGCAAGUCUUACGGGGGGACUACUUUUCGUGCCUUUUCGGACCGUUUCUCCUGAAAAUAUGUACUUCAGUAAUAUGUCAAAGCCGUACCUCCCGAAAAAAAAAUAUGUGUACUUUACUGUUCACAUCGUAACAAAGAUUCUAAAGAGUUUGAGCUCGAUGUUUCUCUAUUUAAUUUAUACCUAGAUGUCAGUGGUGUUAAAAACAUUAUUAUUUUUGUUUUUAUGUAUUCCGGAGAGUUGAAACAUUUGAAUUGUAAAUAAACCUCGUCAGCUAGAAAA